UUAACUUUCGUUCCCUGCUUCUGACUGAGUUCAUUCUGUAUUCAUUCUUUAUUAGUUUGUGACUUAUUUGCUCAUAAACAUGGCUACUGCAGAGUCGUUCUAUGAUUUCACGGUUAAGAAGCUGACAGGAGAGGAGAUGAAGUUGUCCUGUUUACAGGGUAACGUGGUGCUCAUCGAGAACGUGGCGUCUCUCUGAGGAACAACAACGAGGGAUUACACCCAGAUGAACGAUCUCCAUGAGCGCUUUUCGGCGCAGGGACUCGUGAUUCUGGGGGUUCCCUGCAACCAGUUUGGCCAUCAGGAAAACUGUAAAAACGAAGAGAUCCUGGUGUCUUUGAAAUAUAUCCGUCCCGGAAAUGGCUUUGAGCCAAAAUUCCAGCUCUUGGAGAAGGUCAACGUGAAUGGGAAAGACGCUCACCCACUGUUUGUCUUCCUCAAGGAGAAACUUCCUUUCCCAAGCGAUGAACCGACAGCUUUAAUGGAAGACCCAAAAUGCAUCAUCUGGAGUCCUGUGUGCAGAAACGACAUCUCCUGGAACUUUGAGAAGUUCCUUAUUGGCCCAGAUGGUGUCCCAUUCAAGCGUUACAGCAGAAGAUACCUGACCUGUGACCUUGAGGGAGACAUAAAGAAGCUUCUGGCCAUUGCCAAAUAAAUUGCCUCUUGUAGUACGGUCUUUCAUAGCUGGUUGUGCCAUGCUGUGCACGAUGCUGCUGUGUUGGGACUCUUACUUUAUGACGAUGCUCUUUUAAACAUUGUGAAGAGCUGUCCGAUGCUCUGUAAAUGUCCCAACUUUUACACAGUUGCAUAGAGCUCAUGUAUGGCACAACGAGCCCUUUUGUCGACCAAUAAAUGUUAUUUUUUAAGCCUU